AUGGUGCAACUGGAGUUUAACCAAUCCAUCGGCAAUAUGUCAUCCAAGUAUGAAGUCAGUAGGCACAGAAGACAAUCCAGAAGUAAAUCACCAGCACACAGAGAUGGAUCAUACAUCAGAGAUAGAGAUAAAUAUUCUAAAUCAAAGUCUCCUGUAAAAUCUAGACAUAGGUCUUCUAGUAAAGAACACAAAAAGAAGAAAAGAGAUUCAUCUAAACAUAAAAAGAGUAAAAGGAAAAAAAAGAAGCACAGCAGUUCCUCCAGUAGCAGUAGUAGCAGCAGUGAUAGUGAUGAGGAAGAACUGAAAUUGUUGCAGAGGUUAGAAGCCGAAAGGUUAAGGCUAAAAGAGGAAAAACGGAAGCAAAAAGAACUAUUGAAGGCUAAUGAAACCCCAGAGGAAAAAAGAGCUCGGCGCUUACGAGAAAAACAAGAAAAGGAGCGAAAAAGAAGAGAGCGCAUGGGCUGGGAUACUGAGUACCAAUGCUACACCAACCAGGAUAACCCAUUUGGAGACUCGGCACUCACACAUACCUUUGUAUGGACUAAGAAACUUGCAAAAGAAGGAGUCAAAAAUGUGUCAAGGGAUGAAUUAGAGGCAUUGAAUAGACAGAAGCAGUUGGAGAAUAAAAUUGAAUUAGAAAAGGUGAAGCAGCGGCGGUUGGAGCGUGAGGCGGAGCGAGCGGAGCGUGAGGCGGAAGCUGCAGCAGCGGCACGCGCGCGGGAAGCAGCACAGUUUAGCAGCUGGGCACGACACGAGGAUGCCUUCCACCUGCACCAGGCGCGCCUGCGCACGCAGAUACGCAUCCGCGAUGGACGUGCAAAACCUAUCGAUCUGUUGGCUUGGUAUGUCAGCUCCGAGGAGUGCGUUGAUGCAUUAGAAAUGCACGAGCCCUACACAUAUCUAAACGGACUGCAGAUGCAGGACCUUGAAGACUUGCUUGAAGAUAUAAAGGUGUACAAGGAGCUCGAGAGCGAGGCUAACCAGCCGUACUGGCAGGACGUGCAGACCAUCGUGCUGGAUGAGCUCAGCAAGCUGCGGCGCCUAGCCGCGCCUGACGCGCGCCGCGAUGGCGUACACCGUGCCGUGGCCGAAGACGUCACGCAGAUUUUUAAAGGCAAGACGGGCGCGCAAUUGGAGGCAUUGCAAACACAGAUAGAGCAAAAAAUCAGCGGCCGCCAUGACGGCGUCGACGUCGGCUACUGGGAGAGCUUGCUCAGUCAGCUUAAAGCGCACAUGGCGCGGGCGCGGCUGCGAGACCGCCACCAACACAACCUGCGCCGCAAGUUGCAGCUGCUUAAGCGCGAGCAGGGCGUGCAGCCUGCCGGACAGCUGGACCCGCAACAAUCACAAUCACCUGAGCCGAAAACGCCAACUAAAGAAGAGGCCGAACAAUCACAUCCGGAAGCAGAAGCUUCCGAUUGGGAAUGCGAGGAAGGUCGAACGGCUUGCUUGGCGCUCUAUGAAAAUGGGAACUAUUCGCCAGAAUUGCUGUCUCCCUCUGCCUUGGAGCCCGCUACAAUACUAACGGCGCCGGAGCACGAUCAACAGCGUCUGGCGUAUCUGCGAGCACGUCUCCAUCAUGCCAAGAGACCACCUGAUCUAGAAAUGGUUGGUGCAAGCGCGGGCGGAGCGGGCGCGGGCGCGGCGGCAGGCGACGCGCUGGAGCUGGCGGCGGUGCGCUCCAUGGGUCCAGCGGCCGGCACCGCGCAGUUCAGCGUGGAGCAGGCGCUGCCCGAGCAGCCGUGCCUGUGGGCCGACAAGUACCGGCCCCGCAAGCCGCGCUACUUCAACAGAGUGCACACGGGCUUCGAGUGGAACAAGUACAACCAGACGCACUACGAUAUGGACAACCCGCCGCCCAAAAUCGUGCAGGGCUACAAGUUCAACAUCUUCUACCCGGAUCUCAUCGACAAGAACUCCACGCCAGAAUUCUCGCUUAAGCCGUGCGCAGACAACCCGGAGUUCGCAGUGCUGCGGUUCCAUGCGGGCCCGCCCUACGAGGACAUCGCCUUCAAGAUCGUCAGCCGCGAGUGGGAGUACUCGUACAAGCGCGGCUUCCGCUGCCACUUCCACAACAACAUCUUCCAGCUCUGGUUCCACUUCAAGCGCUACCGUUACCGCCGCUGA